UAGAGGAAACCUUAAACCGCUGCUGAACCGGCUUUACCUCCACUUUUCCCUCCAUUUUUGACUACAACAGUCAGACGCGUGCACAUGGCAACAUCAUCUCCACAGAGAAGAGGCCCACCCGUCAGCAUGCUGGCUUUGGUCUUUCUCCUCACUGGUUCAGUAUUGAUUGCAACGGUCAGAGCACAAGAUGAGGUCGUAACGGAGGCAGCUACAACUGAGAUGGCAGGGGAAGAAUUCGGAGGACACAUGAUUUCGAUGACAACUCAAACUCCUGGGACAGACAAUCAACAAUCUGACGUUAUGAUGGAAACUCAACCCACUGAUGAACAGACUACUCAGGCACCGUCGAUGGGACCAGAAAACGAGGCAGACGACACACCUGUAUCCAGUGAGGACACGGCUGAAGCAGGACAAGUGACAAUAGAUUUGUCCGCAGAUGAACCCCAAAUCCAGGACCAGCAGACUGCACCACCACUUUUACCGCCGAGAGGUGACGGCCCGAAAAACAUUCCCGAGGGUGAUGUGGUGUGUGUGGGCAAAGAGGCUGUCCAGGAUAAAAAUGCUGUUAAUCUGAAACUCACCCAGUCUUCUAACUGUAAAAACACCAAGGUUAGGAUUCAAAGCAUUCUAGAAGAGUUGUGCGGCGAAGACUGCAAACUUGAAAUCUACCAGGAAGAUAACACAGACCAGAUCCUUGUAUCUGGACAGUACGUUGAAGAUGACGUAAAAGGCAUGGUCAACAAGUUCAACAAUGACAACAUUAAAGACAAGGCGGGUGUGAGAGAGGCUGUCCCUCACUGGAGGAAGAACUCUAAACUAGUGCUGGUCUCCCUACUGCUGACUGGCCUGCUGCUGGCUGCCCUGUUGGUUGCCGGUUAUUACUUUAAGACCCACCGCAAGAAUUCCAAAGGAGUACGGCUGGCUGAGUCUUACCAGGUGGAUGAGGAGAACCAGGCCAACACCUUGGUGUCCGUCGCCCCCCUGCCCCAGGAGCCUGUUGACAAGCCCGCUGCUGCCAACGGAGAAUCUCCACCAGAAAAUGGAACCAAUCCUUCCCCGACAACUAAUGGGCACUCUGCGACCGGCCAAACACCUGUGGCUGACACAGAGAUGUGAUUCUUGACACCCAUCACUUAGCCUUUGCUCUUCAACCACUGGUUCAUUUUACAAACAACCAUAGUCUUUCGCCUUGAAGGCUUUCCAAACUUCAGAGAGAACAAAAGUCCUCCUUCCCCGCUAACUCCACCACCUCGGACAAUGAUGACAUCAGUGAGGUUCAUGACAUUGAUGACAAUGCCUGUAAUGUGAAAAGUUUUGGGAUGCCAGGUCUUUCAAGGGGAGCCUGCAGCACAAUGUAUUUGGGACUAAAACUGAUCAGCGGUGGGCUGAUUUGAAUUUGUCUGCACACCUUACCUCUAGACUUGUAUAGACAGUUGAGUAAUGUCAAAUAUGUUCCGCUGAUUCUUAACAUUAAUCCGUUUUUUUGUCACGAAAAGCUCCAAUGAUGCUGCAUAGACCAGGUUUUAUAUUUCUGUAUAAAUGUUUGACGCUCACUUUUUUUGUCAUGAUACUUUCUGUUCACAUUUUCUUUACUUCCCUACCUGCUUUGAAAACUCGUAAAAACUAUCAAAUAUGGCCCCGCAGCUAAUAAACGAGAUUCAAUAUUUACAGAACUGGGAUUAAACUAAAUUUGUUCCAAUUUAACAAAAAAAAUGUAGCAAGAAAAAUGUUGUGCUAGCAUCCUUGUAACAUCCAACAAGUGGAUUUAGGAUUUAAUGAAGUGGCAUCAGGAUGAAGCUAUUAUUUGAAAUAAUUAAUAACUAUUUUAGCCCCCCUUGCAGCAGCUUUCAUUCAGCCAAAACUUAGUUGGCCAAAGGAUGAUUGGCCUUUUGUGUUUGCAUGUUGACUUUCAUAUGACUUAAGUGUGUCGUUGUUGUUGGUUUUUUUUUUUUUUUUUUUUUUUUACUGACAAAUAUAUGUAUUGCCCUGUUUCCACUUAGCCUGGCAAGUUUCCACAGGCACUGCAUUGACAUUAUUUUUGUGUGUGUUUUUGUUUUCGUAAUAAAGCGGAAAAUCACAAAAUAGCGUUAGUGGUCAACAACUUAAUCCUUCUAAUCUAACCAAAAUAUAUUUUUCCGAAUGUAUACUGCAGCCUUACAGUGUGGAGUUUUGAAGUUUUGGAUUAUGUCAGGACUUGCUGCUGCAACGCUUCACUCAACAGGACCAUCACGAAUUCACCAGUCAGUUUGCUUGAUUGAGUAGUCCCAACCACAGCCCUGCAACACUCUAAAAAAAAAAAAAAAAAAACACACACAGCGAUAUAGACAUAUUUAUGAAACGCAACGGUAAUUAAAUGCCACUUAGAAUAUAUUCAAAAAAAUAAUUUGAACAGGUAAGGCUUCGUAUGGCGUGUUUUAAAUGAAGUUUUGGGUUAAAGUUACCUGAUCGUGGCCAAGAGGCGGAACAAAUAAUCACAUCAUUAUCAAGUCGAAAUGUAUACAGCGAUGCACUGUGCUCACCUCCAAGUGAUCCGACGCUUGGGGAAUCUUAAAAAAUGACGCAAGCCAGGUGAAAUAAACCAUUCACCUUCGCACGGUAAGUGUGUUGUCAAUUGAACAAAUUUGUUGCAAAUUACAAUGAAUUUUGAUGUAAUGUGUUAUUUAUUUCUUCCCAAUAGCAUUCAAUGAUUCAAAAAGAACGGGUGCAAAACAACUUUUAACAGCGCCUUGAUGGGCGAUACUGUAAGGACAGUACAAUGCAACUGGGCCAUUGUUCAAA